GUGUCAGUGUAAGAACCAGUGAACAACAAGCUGUGAACUGUGGGAGAUGAGUCACUGCAGGGAGUGAACGAGAGAGGGAGGAGCAGAGAUCUGUUUCGGUUCAGAGGAAGUGAAUCUGUUCCUCAGUCUCUGGCAGCAGCUGAAAUGGCGCAGCAAGAAGUUCAACUAGACAGAGAAAGAUUCUGUCUGGAUCUACUGAAGGAUCCGGUGGCUACUGUCUGUGGACACAGCUACUGUAAGAGCUGUAUUAACUCCCACUGGGACAAUGGGGAGGAGAGAGGACGCUACAGCUGCCCUCAGUGUAGACAGACCUUCACACCGAGGCCUGUCCUGGAGAAAAACACCAUGUUAGCUGAUUUAGUGGAGGAGCUGAAGAAGACUGGACUCCAAGCUGCUCCUGCUGAUCACUGCUAUGCUGGACCUGAAGAUGUGGCCUGUGAUGUCUGCACUGGGAGAAAACUGAAAGCUAUCAAGUCCUGUUUGAAUUGUAUGGCCUCUUAUUGUGAAAAACACCUCCAGCCUCAUCUUCAGUCAGCUGCAUUGAAGAAGCACAAGCUGGUGGAGCCCUCGGAGAAGCUCCAGGAGAACAUCUGCUCUCGUCACGACGAGGUGAUGAAGAUGUUCUGCCGCACUGAUCAGCAGUGUAUCUGUUAUCUCUGCUCUGUGGAGGAACAUAAAGACCACGACACAGUGUCAGCUGCAGCAGAAAGGACUGAGAGGCAGAGAGAGCUCGGGCUGAGGAGACAAACAAUCCAGCAGAGAGUCCAGGACACAGAGAAAGACAUGAAGCUGCUUCAACAGGAGGAGGAGGCCAUCAACGGCUCUGCUGAUAAAGCAGUGGAGGACAGUGAGAGGAUCAUCAUUGCGCUGAUCCGUCUGCUGGAGAAAAGAAGCUCUGAUGUGAAGCAGCAGAUCAGAUCCCAGCAGGAAACUGAAGUGAGUCGUGUCAGAGAGCUUCAGGAGAGACUGGAGCAGGAGAUCACUGAGCUGAAGAUGAGAGACCAUGAACUGAAGCAGCUCUCAGACACAGAGGAUCACAACCAGUUUCUACACAACUACCCCUCACUAUCAAAACUCAGGAUCUGUCAUCUGAGGAACUUUGAGGACGUGACAGCAGCUGUGUCCCGGGUCAGAGGUCGACUACAGGACAUUCUGAGUGAGACAGAGACAGAGAUUUGACAUAUUAUGUCUCAAGUGGAUGUUUUACUGCCACAACCAGAGCCAGAGACCAGAGCUGACUUCUUAAGAUAUUCACAGGAAAUCACAGUGGAUCCAAACACAUCAUACAGACAUCUGUUAUUAACUGAGGGAAACAGAAAAGUAACACGUAAGUUAGCCUAUAACAGGGAACUUAAAGGAAGUUGAAAACAAGAGGAGGUGAGCCGAGCUCUGCUGGAGCCUGGAUGCAGCUGGUUGGGAACAUAGUCUGCAAGAAAGUAAACCUAUGACUUUGUGUUGUUGUUGAACGUCUAUGUGAUUACCUAGCAGGUUGAUUACUUGUUACAUUGAAGCCAUGUUCAUGCAAUACAAAGUUCAUUUGUAUACAGUAGGCUAACUUUUUACAGCCGUGAGAGUACGAUGUAUGUACAGCUGCAAUCAGAAAUAUACAACCCCCCCAAAGAUUUUAAGGAUUUUUCAAUAAAAGUUUUUUCAAAGAUCAA